CGUCUAUCAGCAAUUCAAACACUCCCAACAGUAACUUAACACUGCACACUUAGCGUGGUUAGUGAGUUUUGUAGCCAUGUCUUUCGAACUCGCUUUUGGUUCUCGUGUUGCCUCCAUUAUGGAAGCUUUGACAGAAAAAGCCGUGCAAGACAUCUGUCAACUUAUGGGAGAAACGUAUGCUGCUCUUCGAGUGGAAAUGUUGCAAGAACAAAAUCAAAGUUCGGCAAAGUUACAGGCGAUUGCAAAUAACAUCGAGAAGGAGAAGCCAGCGAACUGCAUGGAGAUAAUUCAAAAACCAGCUUCCCCAACAGGUUUGAGAGACUUCCCAGUCGUGGAGCAAAUCCUUAAUGAACAAGAGGCCAAUGGUCUUUGGCAAGAAGGUCACCUUACUGUUGAAGACGAAGGUCCACCGUCACUGGUACCAGAUGAAGAACAGCCAUCACAGGCUUUUGGUCAGAUGACAGACAUGGGGGUGGAGACAUGGCCUGCACCACCUGUCAUAAAACAGGAGGAAAUGGAUGAUGACGACAUGGAGUCUCAAGGUUAUGGCAAGGAUAUUCCAGACACUCACAAGGCCAACCAGAAUAUCACAGGAGAAAGUGAUGAGGAAGAGAGAAAUCAAACCUCUGGGGGAUCCAGAGAACUUGGACUCGAUGACUUCAAGAGGGAACAGAUUCCGUUGCUGGUGUCAGCUGAGGAUGCUCCGGCACCCACGAAGAAGAAAUGUAAUAAAAGGUACAGCUGUGAAAUAUGUGGAAAGACCGAGAGAAAAAAACACAGAAUGACAAGUCACAUGAUAACACACACAGGGCUGCCCUUUAGCUGCGAUAUCUGUGGUGAGAAAUUCAAGUUUCAGAAUUACUUGAACAGACACCAGCGAUCCAAACACACAGUGAAAACCUACAGUUGCUCUGUGUGUGAAAAAACCUUCCGGCAGGCCACAUCUCGCGACAGGCAUGAGCGUGGUCACACUGGAAAAAACUAUUGGUGCUCCAACUGUGGUGAGAUGUUCAGGGAGCGCGGGGAUCGUGACGCGCACGAGUGCAUUGAUUACAAAGGAGAACGUCCAUUCAGCUGCUCCGAGUGCAGUGAAGCCUUUCAAAGGCAGUACCAUCUCAAAAGACACCAGCUGGAAAAACACUCUCUAAUGGUGGAGCAGACUGUCGACCCAGAAAAUACAGUUGAGGAGAAAAGCGAAAAACCCAUCAGUUGCUGUGUGUGUGGAAUGAUGUUUGUAUAUCCUAAAUCGCGGGACACCCAUGAACGUAAACACAUUGGAGAAGACUACUGGUGCUCAGGAUGUGGCAAGACGUUCAAAGAACGCCAGGGUCGCGAUACGCACAAGUGCAUUGUUUACAAGGGAGACCGGCCCUUCAGAUGCUCAGAGUGCAAUGAGGACUUUGAAAGACAGUACCUUCUCAAAAGACACCAGCUCGAAAAACACCCUCUAAUGGUGGACCAGCCACAUCCCAGUCAUGAUACAUUGUUUUCUAUGGUUUAAAAAAAAUAAUGGCCAUGCCCAGACCUAACUGCUCACACCCCUGCCUCAAACUCCACCACUUUGUCUCUCUCCAUUGUUCAACAUUUAUUUACAUUGUAAUACUUCUGACAGCACACUUUCUAACUCUGCCUGUAACCUUUGGAUUUUAUAGCAUUCCCAGAAGUUAUGGAUUGUCAAUUUAAAUAUUAUUCAUUACUACAUUUAGCUAACAUUAGGUAGUUAUUCUAGAGAUUCUUACCCCUGCCUUGAUUCGGCAUUCCAGAUCAUAAUGGUAUUUGUAGUUUAUGAUACACAUUAGCAACUAAUUAUCAUUUCAUUUAGGGGGGGGGUGAAUAUUGAUACACCACCUUGUCCUAGAGAGAUUUACACCUAUCAAAACGUCACAGGGUAAGCCUACACAAAACACAGCCCAUAUUUUAAGUGUUUCUAAAAUCCCCAAUGGGAAAAAUGAAUGGUGGAAAAAACGAUUGGAUUCAUUUCUGUUUGACCGCUGGGUAUUAUGACAUACUGUGGCACUCAGUUCUUGGUUCCAAUAGUUAAUAUUUUUUCUAAGAGUUUGUCAGUUGGAUAGGCUCUCUGCAAAGUUUUGAAUAGCUUACCUAUCAUAUGAAUAUCCUUUUUUGACUCCAAUAGGAUUCCCUCAAGAUGUUCUGAUGUCCAAAAAGAUUUCAAAUAUAAAUGUCUUGAUAUUAAACUUUUAAGUUGCAUGUAUUUGAAAAUCUCUACAUUGGUCAGUCCAGUUUUUUUUUUUUUUCCCCAUGGACUGUCUCAAUACACUGCAUCCGGCAGCCUUCCACAUCUACAGUGGAAGAUGGCCGAGCUACAGCAGAAUAGGUCAGACCAUGAGAUAUCCUGAAAAUUGGUUUAUCAGGAAAACGGCUGUAGCGUACAAAAGGUUUGGCCUGGGGAAAGAUGACUACCGAACACGAUGGUGGUCUACAUUUACUCUGACUCCACCCCGUCCAAACUAUUUUGGCUACAAACUAAUAUGACUCCAUGGUGGAAAGGGGAGAUUCUCGCCAAUUGGUUUCUUGGACCAAACAGAACAGUUGUUUGCGUUCUAGAAAUGAUCUGCAAGGCCUCAAAUCCAAACUCAUUAGAGAAUACACUUUUUUGUUAGCGUGGCGUUUGGGUAGCCAGGCAAAGAGUUCGAUAAACCCAUCAAUUUAGAACACACUUGUGACUUGAAUGAUGCAAUUCAUGUUCCACUUAAAUAAUAAAACGAGCAUGAAAUUCAAAACAAUUCCCCCUGUUUUACAAGAUAUAAACCUCUGUAACAAUUACACAUUUUCAUUUGGGAAGUAUUAUAUAUUUUACAUGUCAUGUCUCAAUCUGCCAUAAAUGCACAUAGCCUGUAAUCAGGAACCCGCCAUUAUUUUGUGUGAAAUUGCACCAAUUCAAUAACUCUGUGCCUUAUGUGAUUUCAUUUUGCUCUGAAGCUGCCAGUGUUGCUGUAAUGGAGGAUCUAAUUAAUUAGCAGGUUAGAAAGACUAAUGUAGCAGGUUAGGAGAAUGACGUUAAUUAAGGUUAGGAAAAGGGACAGUUAGGUUUAGCUUAGCCAUCGAGCCACAGCCAUCAGCUUUGCAAACCAACCAUAAAUCCCGACAAACCAUCCAGAGGAGUCUGAGGGGAGGAUGGCUCAUAAUAGAAUGUUAUCUGCUACUAUUCCACCCCAGCCAUUACCACAAGCCCAUCCUCCACAAUUAAGGUGCCACCAACCACCUGUAUAACACCGGUCUUAAUUGAUUUUAGGGUGUAUUGUGUUACCUUCAAUUGUGUGUUGUUUUGAAUAUUGUAUUGCUUAAGCAACAUUGGAUUUUCCCUUUUCAUGUAUAUACACAUUUUUUAAAAUCUGGACAGCAAGGGUUGUGGAAGAACAGUUGAUCAAAAGGAAGGAAAUUAGAUUUUUCUUGACUCAUCAGGGGUUUCAGUAACAGUAUUUUUUUUAAAGGUUUGGCAACCCAAUAUGUUGCUUUCUGAGAGGAAUAAAGAUUUUUUUUCAA